CGCCGCUCGUCAGUUUUUAUUCAGCUCUCGGGAGAGUUACAUUGAUUAUCAAGCUAUCUCUGCGAUUAUUUCAGUGUUUUGAAAACAACGCAAAAAUGUCGCUGCUACCGUUUAUGUUGGAGAUCGAACAGCCGCGUCGUCUACUGGAUCAGCACUUCGGCUUGGUACUCACUCCUGAAGAUUUGCUAAGCGCCGCCGCCGGACCCUUGUUGAACAGGGAAAACUAUUACCGUCCAUGGAGACACAUGGCGGCAGCAGCACGAGACUUCGGCUCCAGUAUUAGAGCCGACAAGGAUAAGUUCCAAGUUAACCUGGAUGUCCAGCACUUCUCGCCUGAGGAGAUCUCCGUGAAGACUGCGGAUGGAUACAUUGUCGUCGAAGGGAAGCAUGAGGAGAAGAAGGAUCAGCACGGGUACAUUUCUCGGCAGUUCACACGCCGGUAUGCGCUGCCUGAAGGUUGUACGCCCGAUGCAGUUGAGUCCAGGCUGUCUUCUGAUGGGGUGCUCACUGUGACUGCCCCCAAGAAGGUGCCUCCAGCGGUGCAGGGAGAGCGCAAGGUGCCCAUCACACAAACCGGACCAGUCCGCAAAGAAGUGAAAGACCAGGCUAAUGGAGAUCAGCCCGAGAAGUAAACUACAUUUUGUAUUCGUACGCGAUCGUAACCGCAUUUAAGGCAUUCCUUCUGUUUGAUUUAAGACUGAUUAUUUUUUAAUUUCCUAAUAAAGUAUGAUUUUUAAUUAAAAA